CAAGCGCGUUCAUACACUGAUUGUUUUGUUAUGGUGACAGCUUCAAAAUGGCCGACAAAACGAAAUGAAGAAUUUUAAAAAACACAGCCCUGGCCUUUACAUUUUAAUUACGGUCCAUAUUAUAACGUAUCAUUGACAGGAAUAUUGUAAAUGUGAAAAGAACAUAAAGAGCAGGUGCGCAUUGUUAUGCGAGACUCUGUCCCGAGUAAAUUUUGGUGUAAACUUUGCGUGUCCAUGUUGACAGGGAACCAUCCGACUGCAUUCACUGUAACUUGUCGAAACCAGAAUGGGUAAGCAGUUGUUAAGACGUCCCAGGGCACCAAAACCAUUGCCACCUUUGCCUGACACACCUGCACCUAGCACUCAUGGUGGAACUACCAAACUCAAUGACUACUUUGAAUCUAUUGAUUUUAAUAUUGACGAUGACGGAAACUACAAAUCUCGAGAUGCCACGACUAUUCGACAUUCUCCAACUCCAAGUGUUGUGCCAAGCUUAGUAUCCCCACCACCAUCAGAAUCUUUGCAUCGCAAGUCAGUGUACAGGACAGCGUACCCCUCACGCCAAAGCAGGAUGUCUGGAGUGAGCAGGGAUGAAAAGAAAUUUGUUCUUGAUCCCUUGUAUAGGGACCACACAAGCUUGGGAACAUACGUUGAUGGAAAGUCCCUGGUCAAACCCUACAAGCCAAGGGGUCCAGACAGCCUGCCAGCUAGACAACCCAGAAAACACCCUGAGAUCACACAUGCAAUAGACAUUGUAGAUGAUAUCAGGUUUUAUCAUCCACCUGCAUUUACACUGAACAAUUUUAUAGUGAAAAUGUCUGACAUUCAUGGAAUACCUUAUCAGAAGGUGUACGGAUAUGUGUCCUCGAGAGAAAACUAUAUCAAGCUGACUAAGAUGAUUGCUGAUGAAUUCAUCAACCCAACAAAUCACGAAAUUAGCCUGCAGCAUUUAACUCCAGAAGGUCAGGAGAUUCCAGCUGCUGAGCCCCGAAUCCCCCAGCGACAGUUGCUCAUUGAGAUGGCCUCCAUGAUCAAGCUGCAUGUCCGAAGUCUCAUGAACACGGAGGUUAAGUCUGUCAUAAGACCACUUCCAAAAUAUGUCCCAGGACAUACCGUUGGUCAGGCACCACACACAGAGAUCAUCCUGGUAGAGGACGACACAGUGGAGAUCAGCAGUCAGAACCAGGUCAUCAAGCAAUCGAGAGAGAAAUCUAGAAUCAAGGAGUACAUUGCACAAACUGAGCUGCCUGCCAAAGACGCAAUGUUUCACUCAGCCCGAUCCAAGUUCUUCCAGGGCGCAGGACGAAGUCAAUCUCCUUUCACCUCCCAGGAAGAUGGUAUCAUAUCUCCAUCAGAGAUCGCUAUCCUGGACUCGCUGAUACAGGGUGGCAAGGCUCUCAGUCUCAAGGCCCACUUCAUCUGUGAAAUGCCUGAUAUUUCCCCGCUGGUGAGGAAUCUGGUGUACCUGAACUUGUCGUUCAAUGAUUUCACUACAUUCCCAGCCGCAGUACUUGGCAUAAGCCAGCUGCAGAUAUUGAAGCUGCGCAACAAUCCCCUCACAGACCUGCCUGCAGACAUACACAGGCUCAAGAAUCUGAGAACACUGGUUGUCUCCUUCUGCAUGAUUCAGUCUCUACCAAUUAGACUGUUCACCCUGGAGCAUCUGGAGUACCUGGAUAUCUCCUACAACAGGAUCACCUUCAUACAGAAUGAGAUUUCACAACUACAGUCCUUGCGAGAGUUGAACAUGGAGGGUAACCAGUUGCCUGCCAUGCCGUCUGGUGCUCUGCGCCUGGAUCUUGAUAGACUCAACGUGAAAAAUAACUUCAUGCAUCCCCUGUUCUGGCAUGAAAACACCCACAAUGAACCACAGCGAUUGGCUGACAUGACCUUAUACACUAUAGCCAGGUCAGAGCUGGGCAAGUCACCAGGACAGUUACCAGAAUCUGUACAGAGGCUUUUUGCAAAGCGUGUGAGAUGUGACUGCUGUAAUGGGUUCAUGUUUGGUCCAGGCCUGAGGAUCAUACGGCCAGUCACCCAGCUGUUUGGCAUAAAAAAUCUGCCGUUCAUGUUUAGUGCGUGCUCCCCACAGUGCCUGCAAGACUUCCGCAGUAGCAAGGAGACACUCAGUGACAUCCUGUAUGGAAGACAGAACAUCGAGUCUUAAUGAACAUUGUGUAUGGGAGACAGAACAUAGAGUCUUAAUGAACAUUGUGUAUGGGAGACAGAACAUUGAGUCUUAAUGAACAUUGUUUGUGGGAGACAGAACAUUGACUCCUAAUGAACAUUGUGUAUAGGAGUCAAUACAUUGACUCCUAAUAAACAUUGUGUAAUGGAGAGAAAACAUUGACUCCUUAUGAACAUUGUGUAUGGGAGACAGAACAUUGCAUAUAAUGAACAUUAUGUAUGGGAGACGGAACAUUGACUCUUAAUGAACAUUGUGUAUGGGAGACAGAACAAUGAGUCUUAAUGCAUAUUGUGUAUGGGAGACAGAAGAUUGACUCUUAAUGAACAUUGUGUAUGGGAGACAGAACAUUGAGUCUUAAUGAACAUUGUGUAUGGGAGACAGAACAUUGGGUCUUAAUGAACAUUGUGUAUGGGAGACAGAACAUUAAGUCUUAAUGAACAUCGAGUAUGGGAGACAGAACAUUGACUCCUAAUGAACAUUGUGUAUGGGAGUCAAUACAUGGAUCCUAAUGAACAUUGUGUAUUGGAGAGAACAUUGACUCCUUAUGAACAUUGUGUAUGGGAGACAGACCAUUGCUUAUAAUGAACGUUAUGUAUGGGAGACAGAACAUUGAGUCUUCAUGCACAUUGUGUAUAGGAGACAGAACAUUGUGUCUUAAUGAACAUUGUGUAUGGGAGACAGAACAUUGAGUCUUAAUGAACAUUGUUUGUUGGAGACAGAACAUUGAGUCUUAAUGAACAUGGUGUAUUGGAGACAGAACAUUGAGUCUUAAUCAACAUUUUGUAUGGGAGACAGAACAUUGACUCAUAAUUAACAUUGACUAUCAUUGAAAAUGGUUAUUUUUAGUAGGUUUCUAUACAGGUGUAAGGUGUAAGAAACAUUGCCACUUACAACUGCUAGACGUUGAGGCUCUCUGUCUUCUAUCAGCUCUUGUUGAUGUUUCAGUUUUAAACUGUUAAUGAGAUUGUAUUUUUACUAUUAUUAACAAAAUAUACAGUCCUGCUUUGUUGCAGACAUUUUUAUGCCCCCCGGAUCAAAUGAUCGGGGGUAUAUUGUUUUUGGCCUGUCUGUCUGUCUGUCAUUCUGUCCCAAAACUUUAACCUAAAACUUUAACCUUGGUUAAAGUUUUGCAAUAACUUUUGCAAUAUUGAAGAUAACAACUUGAUAUUUGGCAUGCAUGUGUAUCUCAUAGAGCUGCACAUUUUGAGUGGUGAAAGGUCAAGGUCAUCCUUCAAGGUCAAAGGUUAAAUAUAUGGCUUCAAAGCGGCGCAAUAGGGAGCAUUGUGUUUCUGACUAACACAUCUCUUGUUGUUUUCAAGCUUGGUAUUGCUUGUGCUGCAUUUGAUAUUGUGAUAGUACGUUUUCUGUAUUCCUUUUCUAUUUUCUGUAUUAAUAAUAUAUAAGAUUGUUUUAACACGUGUUUUUCGCAAAUGGAAAUUAUAAAAAUAAAUUUAAAGAGGUU